GGAGCUUCCGGCGCCUAGGACUACAGCUCCCGGCAGGCACCGCGGCGCGGCCAUCAGCUUCCUGUAGACAUGGCGCGCGUGGAGCAUGUCGUGGCCGACACUGGGGCCUUCCUCAGCGCUGCCCCGCUGCAGGACAUCGCGCAGAACCUGUACACCGUGCCCGAGGUGCUGGCCGAGAUCCGUGACCGGCCGACUCGCCGUCGUAUGGCCGCCCUGCCCUGCCAGCUGCACCUGCGCCGCCCGCGGCCCGAGCUCCUGCGCCUCGUGACCGACUUCUCCAAGAAGACAGGGGACUACCCCAGCCUCUCAGCCGCUGACCUCCAGGUGCUGGCCCUCACCUGCCAGCUGCAGGCCGAGACUGACGGCUCCAGUGGCCUCCGCUGGGAGCCCCCCGACAAGGUGCAGCUCAGCUCCACCCCGCGACACCCCGAGGCGCCCCUGCACCUCGCCGGCUUCCACCUGCCCACCAAGCACAAGUGCCCAGGGAAAGGCCAGCAUCACCCCUGCCCCGAGAGAAGCACGGUUCUGUCUGAGAGUGACGAGUUCAGCUCCUUUCUUUACUGGCGAGCCCCCCUGCCCAGCAUUGAGGAGGAGUUGCAGGAGCUGCUGAAAGCUCAAGCCAUCUCCAUUAGCCCAGAGACCACUGAGGAGCACCGGAACUCUGAGGAUGAGGACAGUGCUGAGGAAGAGGAGGACGAGAGCGAUGACGAGGGUUGGAUAACACCCAGCAACCUCAAGCAGGUGCAGCAGGACUCAGGGCACCGUGACACAGCUCCUGUUGGUGUCCAGGUUGGCUGCGUCACCACUGACUUUGCCAUGCAGAAUGUGCUGCUGCAGAUGGGCCUCCACGUGCUGGCGGUGAACGGCAUGCUGAUCCGCCAGGCCCGGAGCUACAUCCUGCGCUGCCAUGGCUGCUUCAAGACUACUUCAGACAUGACCAAGGUUUUCUGUCCUCACUGUGGUAACAAGACCCUGAAGAAGGUUGCCGUGAGCGUCAGCGAUGACGGGAGCCUCCACAUGCAUUUCUCCCGCAACCCCAAGGUGCUGAACCCCCGAGGGCUCAGGUACCCGCUGCCGGCCCCGAGAGGAGGGAAGCAUGCAAACAACCCUCACCUGGUGGAAGACCAGCCCUUCCCCCAGCAGCGGCUGUCCCGCAAGGCCAGGCAGAAAACCAACGUCUUCGACCCAGACUACAUCGCUGGGCUCUCGCCCUUUGCGGAAAACGACAUCUACAGCCGCGCGGCCAAUCUGCAAAUCCGGGACGCGGCCCUGGGUGCUGGCAGGAGGCGUCUGAACCCCAACGCCGUGACAAAGAAGUUUGUGAAGAGGAGGUAAAGGGUGGGACAGGGACACUGCGGCCGGUGCUGCAAGCGAAGGACUGUCUGUGUCUGCUCGGGUGUUGCGUGUUCCUGCCUGAUGGCUCUGGGAGUGUGAGGCCUUUUCCGGCGCCCUUCUACAAGCGGCCACCCUGGGCAGGGACCCAGCCUUUAUUUCCACGCUCCUCAAGAGCAGCCGUGAGAGCAGGUGAGAGUUGACAGUUUUGGGGAGACUCUGACUGGGGCUGAUGUACCUGAUCCCGGUGGAGCUGGGCGAGGCAGUGGCUGCCCUGCUCGGCCUCCUGGGCCCCCACGCAGUGGCUGUGUUGCUAAUAAACACAAAACCCCCUAGCGCUGUGGCUCCAUUGUGUUUGUGUAGCUGCAGAUGCCAGGCUCAGGGCUGGGCUGGGCCUUCCUCUGAGCCUUGAGAGGAAGAGGAGGGUUGCUCAGGGUGUUUUCUUCUGUCAUGUGGCACAAACAAGGAGGUGGAUAACAAAUGUCUGCAGCACAGCCACAUCUGACCUUGCAGUGGGCAGUGCUCCGGGCAGUAAGCAUUUGGGCAGCACCAGGGGAAAGCUUUUCAGAGCGAUCUCCUCAAACCUUUCCCAGUACAGCAUUUUGCCCAGCUCGUGUAACUGCAGUUUCUUUGUGCC